AUGGUACCAAGCUAUAGUCGAAAGGCUAUAAGUGGCCAGAAUAAUUACCUGGGUACGGUAACAAGCCAGAAGAUAGAUGAAAAUCAAAUGGGCAAUCGCGGAUCUAAGUCAGAAUUUCAAAGCCCACAGCCAAAUGAAAUUUCUGUAAAAGAGCAACGAGUAGAUGGUAGUUAUUUUGGAUUCUAUCCAAAAUUAAGGUGUACUCUAAUGGGCUUCGAAAGAAGCUAUCAAAUCAAAAUCCCUUCUAACCAAUUAAAACUGCUGAAGUUUUUUUCUACUUUAAAUUCAAAACCUGAAACUGAAAUAAACCCUUGGUUUAUAACUGGUUUUGCUGAUGCUGAAGGUUGUUUUUCUAUAAAAAUACAACAAAAUGCUAAAUUAAGCCUUAAAUGGAGAGUUAGACCAGUUUUUUCUAUUACUUUACAUAUCAAAGAUAUAGCCAUAUUAGAAUCAAUUAAAAAUAAAUUAGGUGUAGGAAAUAUAAGCAAAUGUGGAGAAAAAGCGGUAACGUAUGCAGUAGAUUCUAUCAAAGAUAUUCAUGUAAUCAUAAAUCAUUUUGAUAAUUACCCUUUAGUAACACAAAAACUAUCAGAUUACUUGAUAUUUAAACAGUGUUUUGAAAUUAUUAAGCAAGGUAAUCAUUUAACAGAAAUAGGUUUAUUAGAAAUAAUAGGUCUAAAAAGUAAUUUAAAUUUAGGAUUACCUGUUAAGGUAAAGGAAGCUUUCCCAAAUGUUCCUGAAGUUAAUAAGUUAGAAUACAAGUUUAAUGGUAUACCUGAUCCUUUUUGGGUUUCAGGUUUUACUAGCGGUGAAGGUUCUUUUCAGAUAAUUGCUAGAAAUUCCAAUAAUUCAAUAUUUGCAAGAUUUAGUAUACAUUUACAUAUUAGAGACUUAGAAGUUUUAAAAGGAAUUUCUACUUAUUUUAAUGAAUUUACAGAAAAAAAAGUGACUAUGACUGAAAAAAGUGCUCAACUGCAAAUAUCUAAAUUUUCUGAUAUUAACAAUAUAAUUAUACCUUUUUUUAAAAAACACCCUAUAUUAGGGGUGAAAAGUUUGGAUUUUAUAGAUUUUAAAAAAGUAUGUGACAUAUUAAAAACUAAAGAACAUCUAACUUCUACAUCAGUAUAUAAUCAAAUAAUAGAAAUAAAAUCAGGUAUGAAUCUAAAUAGAAAAUAA